CUGGAAACCCACCCAGAACCUCCACCCUCUGACACCAUGGUCAGCUCCUGUUGUGGCUCUGUCUGCUCUGACCAGGUCUGUGGCCAAAGUCUCUGCCAGGAGACCUGUUGCCCCCCCAGCUGCUGCCAGACCACCUGCUACCGUCCCAGCUGUGGUGUGUCCAGCUGUUGCAGGCCCCAGUGCUGCCAGCCUAUCUGCUGUCGCCCCUCCUGCUGCAUCUCUAGCUGCUGCUGCCCCUCUUGCUGUGGGUCCAGCUGUAGGUCCAGCUGCUGCAGGCCUACUUGCUGCAUCUCCAGCUGCUGCAAGCCCCAGUGCUGCCAGCCUGUGUGCUGCCAGCCCACUUGCUCUCGCUCCACCUGCUACACUUCUAGCUGUCUCCGCCCCUCCUGCUGUGAUUUCAGCUGUGAUUCCAGCUGCUGCAGGCCCCGGUGUUGCCAGUCUGUGUGCUGCCAGCCCACCUGCUCCCGCAUCUCCAGCUGCUGCCGCCCGAGCUGCUGCCUGCGCCCAGUGUGUGGCCGGGUCUCCUGCCACACCACUUGCUAUCGGCCCACCUGUGUCAUCUCCACCUGUCCCCGCCCCGUCUGCUACAGUCCCGUCUGCUGCCAGCCCACCUGCCCUCGUCCCACCUGCUGCAUCUCUAGCUGCUACCGCCCCUCCUGCUGUGUUUCCAGCUUUGGUUCCAGCUGCUGCAGGCCCCAGUGCUGCCAGCCUGUGUGCUGCCAGCCCACCUGCUCUCGCCCCACCUGCUGCACCUCUAGCUGCUACCGCCCCUCCUGCUGUGGGUCUAGCUGUAGUUCCAGCUGCUGCAGGCCUACCUGCUGCAUCUCCAGCUGCUGCAGGCCCCAGUGCUGCCAGCCUGUGUGCUGCCAGCCCACCUGCUCCCGCAUCUCCAGCUGCUGCCGCCCCUCUUGCUGUGGCUCCAGCUGCUGCCGCCCAAGCUGCUGCCUGCGGCCAGUGUGUGGCCGGGUCUCCUGCCACACCACUUGCUAUCGGCCCACCUGUGUCAUCUCCACCUGCCCCCGCCCCGUGUGCUGUCCCUCCUCUUGCUGCUGAGCCCGCUGCCCUGUGACCACUGUCUCCACUUACCUCUGUCCCCAUAGAUCCAGACCCUCCUUUGGGGUUGAUGUUGCUCAGCUAAACUGGGCUUCAUGAUUCCAGUGAGGAACCAGACCAUGCUGUUGAAGGAGACGGAUAUGGCAUGGAGCACUUCUCCAGUAACAGAUUUUCCCCUUUCACCUGACAAUUGGUCAACUCAUUCUUCUAACUUCUUUUCCUAAGACUUUUCUUUAACCUGGUCUAUUUCUGUACCAAAAUAAAGUGAUACU